CGGGGUCCUAUUCCUAGUUUAUAGGUCUUCUCAUCUCUCUCCAAUGGAGAUGGAGAUAUAGAGAAAGGAGAGAGAGGGGGAGAGGAGCGGCGGAGGAGAGGAAGCAUCGAAGAAGGCGCUCUCCCAUUGAUUCUGCUCGCCAUUUUUAAGCCCUAGCUAGAGUGGGCCCUGUUUCUCUAUUCUUCUCCCACUUCUCGUACGGAUCCUCGUCAGGGCUGUGGCAUGGACGCCGACCGUGGCAGCCCUUAUGUGCGGCGGCGGGACAUCGAGGCCGGUGCAGUUGAUGAGGUAUCCGACGAGGACGCCUUUGAUAUCCCCCCUAAGAAUGCCCCCGUCGAGCGUCUCCAGCGUUGGAGGCAAGCAGCACUUGUGCUUAAUGCAUCUCGUCGGUUUCGGUAUACUCUGGACUUGAAAAAGGAGGAAGAGAGAGAGGAAAUUAGAAGGAAGAUCCGGGCACAUGCUCAGGUCAUUCGGGCAGCAUUCCUUUUCAAGGCAGCUGGAGAAGGAAAAUUUCCAGGAGAUUUUGUUUUCAAUGAGGCUGCAGUACAAGCUUCUCCAGGUACUUCUGGAGGAACUGUCGCAGUUCCUGUCGGUGAGUAUGGUAUUGCAGCAGAGUUGUUGACCUCAAUGACUAGAGAUCAAGAUAUUUCUGCAUUGCAAGGAUAUGGAGGGGUGAAAGGCUUAUCAAAUAUGUUAAAGACCAAUAUAGACAAGGGUAUUGGUGGUGAUGAUGUAGAAUUGCAUUCAAGGAGAGAUGCUUUUGGGGCAAACACUUAUCCUCGAAAGAAGAGGAGGAGUUUCUGGAUGUUCGUAUGGGAUGCUUGGCAAGAUAAAACCCUCAUCAUCUUGAUGGUGGCUGCGGUUGUCUCUCUGGUUUUAGGCAUAAAGACAGAGGGUUUGAAAGAAGGAUGGUAUGAUGGUGGAAGCAUUCUUCUUGCUGUUAUUAUUGUUGUGGUUGUUACAGCUACUAGUGACUACAAGCAGUCCCUCCAAUUCCAAACUCUUAAUGAGGAGAAACAAAACAUACACCUGGAGGUGAUCAGGGGUGGUAGAAGAGUUGAGGUUUCAAUAUUUGAUCUUGUGGUGGGGGAUGUAGUUCCUCUUAACAUAGGUGAUCAGGUUCCUGCUGAUGGAAUUUUAAUUAAUGGCCAUUCACUUGCUAUUGAUGAAUCUAGUAUGACCGGAGAGAGCAAGAUUGUUCGAAAGGAUCAAAAAGCUCCAUUCUUAAUGUCUGGAUGCAAAGUUGCUGAUGGCUAUGGUAGUAUGCUGGUAACUGCUGUUGGAAUCAACACAGAAUGGGGCUUAUUGAUGGCCACUAUCUCAGAAGAUAAUGGUGAAGAAACUCCAUUGCAGGUUCGGCUGAAUGGUGUUGCUACUCUCAUUGGUCAAGUGGGGCUUUUGGUUGCUUUUGCAGUUCUUUUUGUUCUCUGGACCAGAUUCUUUUCGGGGCACACUGAGAACCCUGAUGGAACUGUUCAGUUUAAACCAGGAAAAACCAGUGCAAAAACUGCAUUUAAUGGAGCAAUCAAGUUCUUCACUGUUGCUGUAACUAUUGUUGUUGUUGCGGUACCAGAGGGGCUUCCGUUAGCUGUGACCUUGACCCUUGCAUACUCGAUGAAGAAGAUGAUGGCAGACAAGGCCCUGGUCCGCCGUCUUUCAGCUUGUGAAACAAUGGGUUCUGCAACAACAAUAUGCAGUGACAAGACUGGAACUCUAACUAUGAAUCAGAUGACUGUUAUGGAGGCACAUGUUGGUGGAGUAAGGUUAGACACUUCUCACGGUGUUGAGCAGGUUUCUUCAAUCCUGACCUCGUUAUUGGUCGAAGGCAUCGCACUCAAUACAACAGGCAGUGUUUUUGAACCAGAGAGUGGGGGAGUUAGUGAGAUUACCGGAUCUCCUACUGAAAAGGCCAUCCUUUCUUGGGGUUGUCAGCUGGGGAUGAAGUUUGUUGAAAUUCGAUCCAAAAUUGCAGUUCUCAGUGUCUUCCCUUUUAACUCAGAAAAAAAGCGUGGUGGUGUUGCAGUGCAGUCAAUGUCAGAGGUUCAUGUUCAUUGGAAAGGUGCGGCAGAACUAAUCCUAGCCUCUUGCACAAGCUGGCUUGAUGCAGAUGGUUUGCCUCAAGAAUUGACAUCAGACAAAGUGGAUGAGUUUAAAAAGUCCAUUGAAACUAUGGCAGCAGGCAGUCUGCGCUGUGUCGCAUUUGCCUACAGACGAUAUGAUCCUGUAGAUAAUCCAUCUCAGGAACUUAGAGAGGGCUCAGAUUUGCCUGAGGAUAAGUUGACUCUUCUUGGCAUUGUGGGAAUUAAGGAUCCAUGUCGAGAUGGGGUCAAAGAAGCUGUGGAGAUUUGCAUCAAAGCUGGAGUCAAGGUGAGGAUGGUAACUGGAGACAACCUUCAGACAGCUAAAGCUAUAGCUAUGGAAUGUGGAAUUCUUGAUCCAAAUAGCUCUGUAGCAGAGCCAACUAUUAUAGAGGGGAAAACAUUCCGUGCCUUGUCUGAGAAAUUAAGAGAGGAAGUUGCUGAGCAGAUAUCAGUGAUGGGACGGUCUUCACCAAAUGACAAACUUCUACUUGUUCAAGCAUUGAAGAAACGGGGCCAUGUGGUUGCUGUUACUGGAGAUGGCACCAAUGAUGCCCCCGCAUUGCAUGAGGCAGAUAUAGGUUUGUCCAUGGGAAUUCAGGGGACGGAAGUUGCGAAGGAAAGCUCAGACAUCAUUAUUUUGGAUGAUAAUUUUGCAUCGGUUGUAAAGGUUGUUCGAUGGGGCCGGUCUGUUUAUGCAAAUAUUCAAAAGUUCAUCCAGUUCCAACUCACAGUCAAUGUUGCUGCUCUUAUUAUAAAUGUGGUUGCCGCUAUUUCAGCCGGGGAGGUUCCUUUGAAUGCUGUUCAGCUCCUUUGGGUGAACAUCAUUAUGGACACACUCGGGGCUCUAGCAUUGGCAACUGAACCACCAACAGACCAACUUAUGAAGCGUUCUCCUGUUGGCCGGAAAGAACCUCUCAUCACAAAUAUCAUGUGGAGAAAUUUAAUAAUUCAGGCAUUAUAUCAAGUCAUCAUCCUCCUAGUUCUCAAUUUUGGUGGCAAGAGCAUCCUGCAUUUGAAGCAUGAAACCCGGGUGCAUGCAAAUAAGGUCAAGAACACAUUCAUUUUUAACACAUUUGUCUUAUGUCAGAUUUUCAAUGAGUUCAAUGCCCGGAAACCAGAUGAAAAGAAUGUCUUUGCCGGGAUGACUAAAAACCGUCUAUUCAUGGGAAUCGUAGGAAUCACCACAAUACUUCAGAUCUUGAUCAUUGAGUUCCUUGGAAAGUUCACCUCAACAGUCAGGCUCAAUUGGAAGAUGUGGUUAGUUUCAGUUGCCAUUGCUUCUGUUAGCUGGCCUCUUGCUGUUUUCGGAAAGAUGAUUCCGGUUCCUAAGAUUCCUUUGGCAGUUUAUUUAAGGAAAACCUUUUGCUGCAAAAAAUCUCAAGCAGAAGACGGAAGCAAUAGCCCGAAAAACUAAAACAAUCCGAAUCCGAGAAAAAUCUAAGAAUAAGGAAGGUUUUCAUGCCGAAGUGGAUUAUGAAACUCUUUCACUCUCUUCAGUAUUUAGAUCUCCAUCACAACUUGGCCACUAGUUUUUUUUUUCAUUCCCUUUCGCCGUCAUUGAUAGCAUUGUAUAUCCUAAUUCCUGACAUAGAACUUUAGUGUAUAUCCAUGCUUGUUAUCUCAAUCAAUUUCCUAUCAUAAAUUUUUAUUCUUAUUAUUGAUGUACAAAGA